CGAGCGCAGCAGAACAGCGAGAGCAGGGAGGUAGCGGCUGGACCAGCGCGGUGAGCCUUCUUUCCAUUACCUGCUUCUACUUCAUCUUCUCCUGGGUAGGACCUGUGUUCAGAUGUGAAAGGAAAGGACGCCCGCUUCUGACCUCUACCUAUUACUCGUCUCAACAUCCAAAAACUCAUCACAUCACCCAGCUCUUUCCCUGAACAAAGUACUGCUGUGUCUGAAAGUUCCUGUUUGCCUUUUUUUUGGUAUAAAGACCUGAGGGAAGUCUUUCCUGUGAAGAUGGAAAAUAGUACCACUACCAUUUCUCGGGAGGAGCUGGAGGAACUACAAGAAGCAUUUAAUAAAAUAGAUAUUGACAACAGUGGGUAUGUCAGUGACUAUGAACUUCAGGACCUAUUUAAGGAAGCAAGCCUUCCUCUGCCUGGCUACAAAGUCCGAGAGAUCGUGGAGAAAAUUUUAGCAGUUGCUGACAACAACAAAGAUGGCAAAAUCAGUUUUGAAGAAUUUGUGUCCCUAAUGCAAGAGUUAAAAAGCAAAGACAUCAGCAAAACAUUCCGAAAAAUAAUUAACAAGAGGGAAGGGAUUACUGCUAUUGGAGGAACUUCGUCCAUUUCCAGUGAGGGCACACAGCAUUCCUAUUCAGAGGAAGAAAAAGUGGCAUUUGUUAACUGGAUAAACAAGGCCCUGGAGAAUGACCCUGACUGUAAGCAUCUCCUACCCAUGAAUCCCAGUGAUGGCAGUCUUUUCAAAUCACUUGCAGAUGGCAUCCUUCUUUGCAAAAUGAUCAACUUAUCUGAACCAGAUACAAUUGAUGAAAGAGCCAUUAAUAAGAAAAAGCUCACCCCUUUCACUGUUUCUGAAAAUUUAAACCUAGCCUUGAAUUCUGCCUCAGCCAUUGGAUGUACAGUGGUCAAUAUUGGUGCACAGGAUCUCAAAGAAGGAAAACCUCACUUGGUCUUGGGACUUCUCUGGCAGAUCAUCAAAGUUGGUCUUUUUGCUGAUAUUGAGAUUUCCAGGAAUGAAGCUCUGAUUGCAUUGCUAAGUGAAGGUGAGGAACUAGAAGAGCUGAUGAAGCUUUCUCCAGAGGAGUUAUUGCUGCGAUGGGUGAACUACCACUUGACCAAUGCAGGAUGGCAUACCAUCAACAACUUCAGCCAAGACAUUAAGGAUUCAAGAGCCUAUUUUCAUCUGCUUAAUCAGAUUGCACCUAAAGGUGACAGGGAUGAUGGACCUGCCAUUGCCAUUGAUCUUUCUGGAUUUAAUGAGAAAAAUGACCUGAAGCGUGCUGGAUUCAUGCUUCAAGAAGCAGAUAAACUGGGCUGCAGACAGUUUGUUACUCCUGCAGAUGUGGUUUCAGGCAAUCCUAAACUUAAUUUAGCUUUUGUAGCUAAUCUGUUUAACACAUACCCAUGCCUACACAAGCCUGAUAAUAAUGACAUCGAUAUGAAUUUAUUGGAAGGAGAGAGCAAGGAAGAAAGGACAUUUCGAAACUGGAUGAAUUCCCUGGGGGUCAACCCUUACAUUAAUCAUUUGUACAGUGAUCUUGCAGAUGCUCUAGUGAUCUUCCAGCUCUAUGAAAUGAUCCGUGUGCCAGUCAACUGGAGCCGUGUCAACAAGCCUCCGUACCCUGCCCUUGGAGGGAACAUGAAGAAGAUUGAAAACUGUAACUAUGCAGUGGAACUUGGGAAGAAUAAGGCCAAAUUCUCCUUGGUUGGCAUUGCUGGGCAGGACCUAAAUGAAGGAAAUUCAACACUGACACUGGCAUUGGUAUGGCAGCUAAUGAGAAGGUACACAUUGAAUGUGUUAUCAGAUCUUGGAGAAGGUGAAAAAGUCAAUGAUGAGAUUAUAAUUAAAUGGGUCAAUCAGACUCUUAAAAGUGCAAACAAAAAUACUUCUAUUUCCAGCUUCAAGGACAAAUCUAUUAGCACUAGUUUACCUGUCCUAGAUUUAAUAGAUGCCAUUGCACCAAAUGCAGUUCGUCAAGAAAUGGUAAAGAGAGAAGACUUUUCUGAUGAAGACAAGUUGAACAAUGCUAAAUACGCCAUUUCAGUUGCUCGAAAGAUUGGUGCCAGGAUAUAUGCCUUACCUGACGACCUCGUAGAAGUGAAACCAAAGAUGGUCAUGACGGUGUUUGCAUGCUUAAUGGGAAAAGGACUGAACAGAAUAAAAUAAACAUUUAAUAUGAUUUUCUGCCACAUUAACACAUUGAAUGCCUCACAGUUUACAGAAUUCUGAAAUGUAGUAGGUAUAAAAGCAAAGAUUACUUGUAUGCUCAAAACAAUUAUAAAAUUCAUUAAUGAAUUCAAUAUCCUAUUCAUGCUAGUUAGAGUUUGUCGAACUUUUUGGAUAACACAAUUAAUUUACUAGUAUUUACUGAUAAUAGAAUAUGUUCAUCAUCAAGCCGAUAAUUUGCGAUUAAAUUAUUUUCAUUUCCAGAAAGUCUCAUUAAAACAAGACUAAUUUAUUCUUUUUCAUGGUUCAGAAAGAUCAAUACAAAAUUUUUUUUGCAAGUCCUGUGAAAUGUAUUUUGAUUUGUGUUAAUUUUAAUCAUAAAUACAUUAAAAGUCAUAAUUCAGUUUCAUCACUUUGUUUUUUCCCUCUAUGUGCAGUGGUCUAAGCUUUAACUUUUCUGUAAAUUUCUAUAUUGUCUAAAACUUUUAAGUGAUCCCAUCGCUGCCACAAAAAACAAACAAAAAACUUUUAAGUGACAAGUAUUGUUCUAGCAACAUUAAAUUUUUUUACAUAUGAGAACUAACUCCUGAAGAAAUCCCAAAGUUUAUUCUCUUAGGUAAGAAGCCAGAGCUUUUUACUUAAAACUUAAUUUCAACUCCAUUCAUACUUUAUAUAUGCUAGUUUGGUAAUGACAGGCAGCAUACAUAUGUUGGCAGGAUGUUAUUAGGGAAAUAUGUGUGUGUAUGUACAUAUUUUGCACCAAAUUACCUGAGUUUUCUUAAAUGGUAUGUAUAAUUGGUAAGUCAGCCAAUCAAUAAGUAUUUAUUGUGCCCCCACUGUGUGUACUUUUCAGUUUGUAGCUAUUUGGUACAUGAAAAUUUCUUUUAGAAAUAUUCAUUUUUGAUGUGCAUAUGGUAAUUUGUGACUGACUUCUUCCAGAUAUUUAGAGCCAAACAUUGGCUAGAGGAUUUCAAGAUAUGUUGAUGCUAUAAUGUUAGCUUCAUGUUACAGAUGCUAAUUUUGAUCUCUACUGAAGCCCUAAAUAAUUUAGAACAUGCCUACUGAAUCUCUUUAGCAGAAAGUAACACAAAGUAUUUUUUAACAUAGAGCAUUUUCAUGUUUUUUUUCUGCAGCCUCCUACAAGUUGGCAAUGUUUGGUGAAUGCUUGUGAUACUUAGGAACAACUAAGUCUGAGAACUAUUUUUGUCUGAAUUUUUAGGAGUGGAGAGAUUUUUUAUUAACAGUUGAAUUCAGAAAUCUGCUUUAUUCAUCUUCCACUGUCAGUACCUGUGAAACUGCUGUGCAACAAAAAUACUGUCACUUUAUGUCAGUAUGAAUGAGAAGUCUAACUUCCCUUUUUACCAUGUGUUUAGAAUUUUUAACUGAAAUUAUGAACAGGUGGAACUAUCAAGUAUAUUCUUCUACAAGAGAGAUUUCUUUUCCUUUUAUAUUUUGAUGAUUUUUCCCCCUAUAUGAUGAUUAAGUUAUGUUCUUGCUCUUUUGUGAGAUUAUUUAAAUCAUGUUUCCCCUUUUUGAUUUUUUUCACCAUAUAUUUACUAAGUUAUCUGAUUUACAUGAAAUUUAGCACUCCAGGGUGUUCUUUUUCUCACAAAGUAUAUUUAAUA